GGAACGACGUCAGCUUCCCACUACGGUAUAAAAGUCCGGAGGUGGCCGGACCUGAACAGACUGCAACCGCUUUACCCAGAGCCUCAUCUACUCUAAAGGAGCCUCUGACACUAGAGACUACCAGCAAACACAUCAACAGAGAUAGACGACUGAGAGAGGGAAUAUCUAAAGGACUCCUCCGAAGACAGAAUAUAACCUGCAUUUCUAAACAGGAUUCCUCUUGAACACGCACAAGACAUUUAUCCAACAUGCUGAUGCUUACUAUUGCCCUUACCUUCUUUGGGAGCCUCAACUUGGUCCUGUCCUCUUCCUCUUGCCCCUCCGUGUGUGAGUGUCCGCUGGAGAUGCCCAAGUGCGCACCCGGCGUGAGCGUCGUCCUGGACGGCUGCGGCUGCUGCAAAGUCUGCGCCAGGCAACUGAACGAAGACUGCAGCCUGACCGAGCCUUGUGACCACACGAAAGGGCUGGAGUGUAACUUUGGAGCCAGUUUUGCUGCUGCUACCACUCGUGGCAUCUGCCGAGCCAAGUCAGAGGGCAGACCCUGUGAGUACAACAGCAGGAUCUACCAGAACGGAGAGAGCUUCCAGCCCAACUGUAAACACCAGUGCACAUGCAUCGAUGGGGCGGUGGGAUGUGUCCCGCUGUGUCCACAGGAGCUGUCCCUGCCCAACCUGGGCUGUGCCAACCCCAGACUGGUUAAAGUAGCAGGCCAGUGCUGUGAGGAGUGGGUGUGUGACGACAGCAAGGAGACAGACAUCCUAGAGAAGAUCUUUGGAAAAGACACACUGACUGAUGAGUUGGAAAGAGACCUCACCAACAGGAACGAGCUCAUUGCAAUUGUCAAGGGUGGACUCAAGUCCCUACCUGCAUUCAGACCACAGCCUGAAGUCCAGAUGUUUGACAGCCAGAAGUGCAUUGUCCAAACCACACCCUGGUCCCAGUGCUCCAAGAGUUGUGGAACAGGCAUCUCCACCAGAGUCACCAACAACAACAAUGAGUGCAAGCUGGUCAAAGAGACAAGAAUCUGUGAAGUGCGGCCAUGCACUCAGUCACCUUAUUCUAGUCUGAAGAAAGGAAAGAAAUGCAGCAGAACCAAGAAGUCCAGCCAGCCAGUGAAGUUCACCUAUGCCGGCUGCUCUAGCCUCAAGAAGUACAGGCCCAAGUACUGCGGCGCAUGCGUGGACGGGCGCUGCUGCAGCCCUCAUGACACCAGAACCAUCCGUGUCAAGUUCCGCUGCGAGGAUGGCGAGACCUUCAACAAGAACAUCAUGAUGAUCGAGUCCUGCAAGUGCACCUACAACUGUCCCCAUGCCAACGAAGCCUCCUACCCUUUCUACCGCCUCUCCAAUGACAUCCACAAGUUCAGAGACUGAAUGCGAUUGGUGAAGAUUGUCCUUACCCCUCAGCAAGAGCGAGAGAUCCACAAAUGACAGCAGGGGUGUAAAUAGACUACCAAUCAACAACCAGCUUCUUGUUGUAACUAGAUUCCCAAGGAAUUGUGGGCUUACAUCAUGAGGACUUAAUGAAGUGCACUGUUUGCUGUGACUGCAUCAGCAUUCUUAACUAAGAACUGCUUCAUAUUAAUGGAGCAUCAAAAGUAGCUUCGUUAUGGAGCAAGAUGUAACUAAUAUUUGUACAUUUUUGUUAGUCGCUGAUAUCAAUUCACUGUGUAUAUGUUGAUCCUUAACAUCAGACAUGACCCAGACUGUAGACUUGUGUGUGUAUAUGUAGAUAUGCACAUGCGCAACUUCAAUUAGCAUACCAUCCUGUAUCUUACGAACAAGACACCGAAAUGGAACCUCUGGACUUGUUUAACAAGUGUGUGGUUUCAUUCCUUCCUGACGUGGGCAUUAUUGUUCAUGUUUUGUGGCAGCUAUUGAACUCCCUUCAUGAAAAAGACAAAGCGAAACAUGUCAAAGGAUGAAUGAAUGUUUUUAUUAUUGUUAUUAAUAUUAUUUAUCAAAAAUGUAGCUACUUUAUUUGGAUAUUAUGUGUCAUACUGGAAUAAAUUGUAAAAUGAUUUAAUUUUAUAUGCUACAAAUAAAACUGAUUUAUUUAUGAAAUAUGA